AAGAAUAUCUCUUCUAAACCUUGCGAAAGAGAAAAAAAAAAAAAAGAAAUUUGCCCAGAGAGAGAAAAGAUUGAGAUAUGUCAUUUGUGCGUCGUGCCGUAGAAAGAUGGAUAAUAUGUUUUUUAUUUUUUAUUUUAAUUUUUUGGAGUUCAAACAUGGAAGCUGGAUAAUUGGAUAUUGUAUAAAUAAAUUUUUUAUGUGAUUGAUUGGGGCAGGGAGGGUUCAGCAAGAAAUUCCCUACUCCAAUUCCCCUCGACCGCAGUCCAUUUGAUUGGAUCGUCUUCUUCGAUCAUCCUAUGGAUAGCGCCAAGGUCGUCGUGCUUGACAUUCGCUUCCCCACGCUCCCCGUAGUCGAGUUACAGAGACACCAAGCUAGUGUCAACGCCAUUGCAUGGGCCCCGCACAGUUCUUGCCAUAUCUGCACCGCAGGGGAUGAUUCUCAGGCCUUGAUUUGGGACUUGUCGUCCAUGGGGCAACCCGUUGAAGGUGGCCUCGAUCCCAUUCUUGCCUAUACAGCUGGAGCAGAAAUCGAGCAGUUGCAAUGGUCCUCUUCCCAGCCGGACUGGGUUGCCAUAGCCUUUUCAACUAAGCUUCAGAUUCUGAGGGUAUGAUGCAUGUGGGUCAUUCCGUUUAACUUCUCAAGUGGUAACACAUAUGGGAUCGUACUUUUUCUGGCAUGUUCUUUCCGUUUCUUUUCACAAGCACACUUUGGCCAUGCUACUAAUUGUUGUUCAUCCCUGCUCUUAGAACGUUGAAUCGUUGAUGUAGCCAUAAUAUGCCUACAGCUGUUUGUACUUCAUUCUUUUAAUUAGAUUUCCUUUGUGUACAUGCAGCAACACCUAGCUUUGGUUCUUCAAUGAAUACACAGAUAGUCAUGUGUGAGAACCCUCGUGUGUAACUUUGUUGUGCUAGUUAAUAUCUCCUAUGUAUCCUUUAAGACCUACACAACUUACAAAAGAUGCAUACUUGUGUUUCUCUAUCUAAUA